AUGGGUUACGCAUCGAAUAAAGUGGGUGUCAGCAUCCCACAAGGAAGCUGGAAGAUAAGGCCCGUGAAAAGCACAAAGCUUUUAAGCAACAAUAAAAGGGAUGAGCCUUUGUUGUUGCCAUUUUUCAAAUUGGACUCUUCAAUAGAUGGUGGUUGGGGAAUGGCGUUUGAACCUCUUUCUUCUGUAAGUGCAAAGACUACAUGGUUGCACGCAUCAUACAGGAAGAGAAGUGAUUCAUGGGUGAUAGGAUAUAUUUCCCAAGAUCACACAUGUGUUAACACAAAUGUUUCACAAGAUCGCCGUAAGCUAAGUUAUGCCAUUAUAUGUCAAGAAAUCUUGCCUCUAGUUGACAAAGAUCCAUCGUUAAAGGUGAAAACGAUAAUCUCUCAUAUCGUUGCAACUUACAAUUACACUCCGUCUUAUAGAAAGGCAUGGUUGGCGAAGACCAAAGCGAUCAAAAUUGUGUAUGGAAAUUGGGAGGAUUCGUACAAACGACUCCCACGUUUCUUAUAUGCGCUUCAAAUUUAUGCUCCUGGAACCGUUACUAUUUUAGAGACCCUUCCGGCGCAAUCUCCAGACGGAACGUGCCUUCAAGGAAAUGUGAUAUUCCACAGGCUUUUCUGGGCUUUCCGCCCAUGUGUUCAAGGAUUUGCAUAUUGCAAACCAAUUCUUCAAAUAGAUGGAACUUGGUUGUACGGAAAAUAUAAAGGCACCUUGUUGAUGGCUGUGGCACAAGACGGAAAUAGUAACAUUUUUCCUAUUGCGUUCGCUCUAGUGGAAGGAGAAACUGCUGGAGGUUGGAGUUUCUUUCUCAGAAAUCUUCGGACACACGUUGCCCCCCAACCUGGACUCUGUUUGAUUUCAUACAUACAUGCUUCCAUCGAGAGUGCGUACAACAAUCCAGCAAACGGGUGGCAAAACCCACCUUCAACACAUGUUUACUGUAUUCGACACAUUUCACAAAAUUUCAUGCGAGAGAUAAAGGACAGGGCUCUUCGGAAGACUCUUGCCAAUGCCAGAUAUGCAUUGACUCAACCGACGUUCCAAUAUUAUCGAAAUGAAAUUGUAGCGGCAAAUCCAGAUGCAGGCAGAUGGGUGGACAAUCUUGCUAGAGAGAAAUGGAUCAGAUCAUACGACAACGGGAAGCGAUGGGGGCACAUGACUACAAAUCUCGUGGAGUCUAUGAACGAAGUCUUUAAGGGCAUCAGACACCUUCCGAUUACUGUCUUGGUGCAAGCAACAUACUAUAGGAUGGCUUCUCUUUUCGCACGAAGAGGUGAGCGUUGGAGUGCAGUUCUAGAAUCCGGGCAAGUAUUCAGCGAAACCUGCGUCAAAUUCAUGAAAGAGCAAUCUGCCAAGGCCAACAGCCACAUUGUGACAUCUUUCGAACGAUUCAACCAGACCUUCAGUGUUAAAGAAACGAUUGACCAUAACGAGGGCCUUCCGAGACAACAAUACAGGGUUCUUACAGACGAAGGGUGGUGCGAUUACGGAAAAUUUCAAGCCUUUCGCAUGCCAUUCUCUCAUGCGGAAACCUUGCUCGGAGUGUACAACAAUGCAUUUCAAGUGAUGGCAAAGGAGGAUUAUUGGCCUGCGUAUGAAGGGGAUGUGGUUUGGCAUAAUGACAACAUGCGGAGAAAGAAAAGAGGUCGACCAAACAGCACCCGGAUCAGAACCGAGAUGGAUCAUGAGAAAGUGGUACGGAAGUGUGGCAUAUGUCGUGAAGUCGGGCACAAUAAAAAUACAUGUCCUAACCGUGGAUCAGCCUCCACCAACAAUUAG